CCGGUUCCGGUUGCUGCCGGUCGUCUCGGGUCCCACGCGCGGGCAUGGCUGGGAGCCGGCUGGAAACCGUGGGGAGCGUGUUCGCGCGGGUACGGGACCUGCUCCGGGCUGGGGUGUUGAAGGAGAAGCCUCUCUGGCUUGACAUAUACAAGGCCUUUCCGCCGCUGAGGGAGCCAGUCUUCCGAAGGCCCCGCCUGCGGUAUGGCAAAGCCAAGGCACUCGUCCAGGACAUCUUGUACCACGAAGAUCGGAUCAGAGCGAAAUUUUAUUCUGCCUAUGGAUCUGGUCAAAAGGCUUUUGAUCUCUUCAAUCCAAACUUCAAAUCUACCUGUCAGCGGUUUGUGGAGAAGUACACCGAGCUGCAGAACCGUGGAGAAACAGACGAAGAGAAGUUGUUUGUGGAAACAGGAAAAGCUUUAUUGGCAGAAGGUGUCAUUUUAAGACGAGUAGGAGAGGCAAGGGCUCAACAGGGAGGUAGCCACGUGCUUGCCAGAUCCCAAGCUGCGUCAGACAGAAACCAGCCCAAGGAAGAAGUCAGUGAGGACCAGCAUUCGGAGGCUCCUGAGCAGCAGUCGAAAGGUCUCCCCACUCCCUGAAGGACCUGUAUACCGUGUAUACAAGCAGCGUGCUGUGCGCUGCAGGGAGCGAGCUGUUUUUAACACUGGACUGUAUAGAUGCCUCCCGAACUCCAAGCGCAUUGUGCGUGAGCAGUAUGGGUUUCACUUCUGGGUUGUCAUACAGCUCAGUAUCACAGCAGUUUUGUGAACUUUUACCUUAGAAUAUUACUAAAUAAAGGAUUCUGCCCUGCUGAUAAAGUA